UGACCAUGGAAAGAUCAUUGUCUUGAUUAUCAAUACUAGCUUCCCUCUGUGCUGCUGGCAAUUCAGAAACAACCUCAAGUUUUCUGUUGAUUUCACAGUAGCUGGUCUCAGCACCAUUAAUGUUUCUGCAUACAGGAGCAAACUGUUGAGAAGUGUUAUGACAUUAAUCUCACCCUGAAGGUCAGUAAAACAAUGGAGAUUGUGGACUUUAGGAGACGGCGAGAGUCACAUUGACGCCUCUCCAGUGGACGCUGUCAGUAACCGCGCAUUCUUCUUCUUUCGGAUUUCAGAUAAUCAGAGAAAGACUGUCAGAGCUAAGCCAUUUUAGCGUUAAUUCCUUUCUAGAGGAUAUCAAAGCCUUCUAAAGAUAGGUAAGGAAGUAGAGGAUGAGCAAAGCCACACUAACCUACCAAAAUGCCAUUGAAGGUCUUACGGUUUGGUAUGGUGUGGUUUAGUGUUGUGGGGUGUGUGAUAUGGUCUGGUUUGGUAAAAUGGGGUGGUGCGAUGGAGCAGUAAUUUCCGCGAGGAAAGCCAUACAGAAGGUAAUGAGAUCUCAGAAGACCAGAGGAUCUGCCGUCUCGCAGAUAUGUGCUGCCGUAAAUAAUAAAGUGUAUUUUGGUGCCUAACCACAAGCUGUUCUCACGCCCGGAGUUUGGUAAGAGGUUUCACAGCAACAGAACCCUGACUAACAGAUUUAAGAGGAGUUUCUUCCCUCAAGCCAUAUGCAAUAGAAUAUCUAAAUAUCACUUGCACCUCUGUGAAUUGCAGUGUCCUUUUUUUUUUACUUGUCUUCACCACAGUAUAGCACCUCUAACGGCUAUUUAUUAUUUUGUUAUAUGUUGUUGGCUGUUUGUGCUAACUGCGGCUGAGCAAGCAUUCCAAUUCACAUGGUCUAUAAAUUAAACGGCUUACAUUUUCUGUCUUGAAUCUUUCAGUGGUGUAAUAUUCACAUUUCCUUGUAUCUUUGAUUAUUUCCGGAUUAAGAAUUUUAAAUCAGUUACAUAAGUUAAUGGGCAGCUUCAGAGUAUAACGCUUCGCGUUAUAAGUGAUAUUAAAGCAUUCCGAGGUAAACAUAUCACGCCAAUAGGAACCGUACUGCCGGCGUCCUUGUUCUCCGGGGACAUUUAGGGGGACACCGCUUUAUGGCGGGAGCUCUUGUGUUUCCAGGCUAACAGCACCAACGCUUUACAGAAGGUGAGUGUAAGUGGGUGGUAGCAUGUCACAUGGCACCCGAGCUGAACCAUGGAUCGAGGAGUUGAUCCAGAACUACGGAACUGGGCAAAGGACCACCAGGGUGCUCGCUCGUGUUAAAAGGGUACUGGAAGGCCAGGCAGUUGGUGAAGCAACAGGCUCUCUGAAGGAGCUGGGCGAGGAUCCGGUGGCGCUCCUCCUUCUGUCCGACGGGCCGGCUGCGAUCCGUGGCCUCCUCACCAGGGAGGCGUGGCAGAAGUUUCUCAGAGCCCCCCAUAGCCUGAGGGUGAAUGCGACGUUCACCAGCCUUGCAGGCCACAGCGUGUUACUGCUGAGAUACAACCUCAUGGCCCAGAGGGAUGUGGAGGAGGGAAAAUGGCAGUUGAUGUUGACAGUCCAUGAAUUGAUCACCACAUUUACCCCUGGGGCUCAUAAACCCUGCAGGUCUCUGCAGGAGGGGUGUUCCUCUGACGGUGAACCAUGCUGUUUAGAGUCCCCUGCAACGGCACAUCAGGACAGACUGAACUCUCUGCAGCAGCAUCUUAGGGGGCUGCUGUCGCCCCCAUCUGGCCCUGAUUUACAGGGCCGUCCUGUGAUUGGUAGAACAGGAUGGGAUAGAGACAGGAUCAGGUACAAGGACGAACCCCAAUUCACCGUCCCUUCCAGCUUCUAUCUCUCCGACAGCCAGUUGGAGGAGUUAGAGAGGCAGGUCGCCAACCCGCGUGUUUCUGUGACAUGUAGCCCAGGUGAACUGGAGGAAAAGGGUUGUCCACACAGCCCUGACCCGGAAAAUGAUUCCCUCUUGGAAUUUGGGAAUCAGGAGAAGGUGCCCAUUAACCCGUGGGAUAUGUUUGCUGCUGAGGUCGGAAUCAGAACAUCGUCGGACGAAGGGUCAGGGUCUGUCAGCCCCAAAGGCCUUCCUGAAAUAGGCGACUCACCGCUGUGUUCCCCGCAACCCUGUCACUCUCAGCCCGCCGUGGUUGCCAUGGCGCCAGGCAGGCAGAUGUCAACCGGGAGCAGUAGGCCGGCCCCAUGUGAGAAGCAGGCUAAUGAAGGCCUGGAGUCUGUGGGAGGCUCAGUGCAGCUGAGGGAACCUUCUAACCAGGGCAGCCACAUCCCCGCAGAGCCUGCGUCAAGCCCCAUCGAGUCCCCCCCCCCCGUGCGGACACGGCUCUUAGUGAAAGAUGCUUCCCUUGGCCUCGACCCAUGCCACUCCAGCUACUGGGCUCGCCUCAGGCUCUGUCCCCUGAUCCGCCCCCCACUACCCUCACCCCCAGUUUGUGAACUGAAAACUCAGCAGGAAGAAGGAGUCCCGCUGAAUAAGUCAAAAAAUAGAAGUAAGAGGAGGAAGAGGCCUCUGUUGACAGCAGACGAGGACGAAGGACGAAGAAGACCAGGAGGGGUGCGGGCUGCCACGGAGGGUCGUCAACCCAAUGAGAAAGAAGAACCCAAAAUUCUCACUGGCUUUGACCCCGGUCCUUCAGAACCAGGGACUUCCAGGAGCCGGAUUGAGCCCCGCUCCAGUACGCGCACCUCCCAGCCUCUCAGGACUCACCCAGAUGGGACCCCGUUCAGCUACACCUAUGAGCCAGAUGAGAGUAUAUCACAAGCCCUCCAAAACCUGAGGGUUCCUGAUGACCUCUUGCGGUGGUCAGUGAAGUACCUGCUGCAGAACAACUACACUAAGAGCACCAAAUGACCUUCAUCAGCAAGCUGCACAACCCAGGUUCCUGAGGUUAAUCUCUGACCCUUAGCCCUGAUUGAACUGUAACCCCAUUUGUAUCAAUCAGAAUAAAACUGUUCUGUUCCUUGGUCA